CUUCCGAUAUCAACAUGUGCGGCAUCUGUGCUUUCCUCUGGGUGGGCAAUAGAAGAAAUCAAACUCAGGCUUCAGAUUAUGUUCAGAAGAGUAGAUUGCAUCACAGAGGCCCAGACAGUGUUGAGAGCCAUGAGGUGGAACUCACAGGAAAUAUUCGAUUGUCCCUGCAUGGCUGUGUCCUCCACCUGCGUGGGCAGUUGACUCCUCAACCAGUGCAAGAUUCAGAUGGUAACCUACUACUGUGGAAUGGAGAGGUAUUCGGAGGGUUGGAGAUUCGAGGGGAGGAGAAUGACAGUCAAGUUGUCUUGCAGCAUCUGGGCCAGUGUACCUCUGAUGAGGAAAUACUGCAGGUGUUCAGUCAGAUCAAAGGACCAUGGGCUUUUAUUUACUUUCAGAAACAACGAAAUACACUGUGGUUUGGAAGAGACUGCUUUGGCAGAAGAAGUUUAUUGUGGCAUCUGCUAGACCCUGAUGACUUCCAUGACUGUUUUGGUCUGGCAUCUGUGCAAAUUAAACCACUGAAAUGGGAGGAGGUGCCAGCUAAUGGAAUAUAUAAGAUGAUACUCCCUGAUGGACAUGAUUCUAGAUCAUCAGAUACCUCAUGGAUGGCAAAUAUAAUUUGGCUUCCAUGGAUAACAGGCCCCGUAGAAGUAAAUAACAGCAAUUUUCCCGUGGACCCAGAAGAGCCAUUUAAUGGAAGUACAAAUUCUAUAAAAGAUGGACAAGUGAAUCCAAGUAAAAACAUUCACUUUGUUAAAAAAGGAGGUCUCUGUAUACAGAGUACAAUAGAUUCAUUUAACAGACAGCUACCCACAGUGGAAGAUUCAUUAGCAUUCUUUGGACUUGGAGUUGACAAGUCAAAAGAAAAAGUCUGGGAUGAAGCCUCCUCAGUAUCUGCUAAAGCAUCUCAAAGGUCGAAAAAUGUUUCAGUUGAAAUGACUUAUGCAUCUCUUGGUGGGGACAAACAGUUGGAUCCUUGUAAAGAAAAAAGCACUGAAAGUGGGAGUAACAAUCAGAAAAAGAACACACCACAAGAGAAUAUUCUCAGCCUGGCUGACUCAGAUAUGAAACAACUUGCAGAUAAAUUUACAGAAGUGUUGAGCGAGGCAGUGAAACGCAGGGUGCAAAAUCAGCCAACAUUGUGUCAUUUUUGUCUCAGAAGUCGCCAAAAAAUCAAGAAAAAUAAAGCAAGUAAACAGCAUUGUAGCACUGGUGAAACUUUUCUGCUUGGUAAUUAUGUAGGAACACCUAAGGACCCCAAGGAUUUAACAUCCAAAGUUACCCAGUUACAGGUUGAAGAUGAUGGGCUUGUCACUACCCAUUUUCAGGGGGAAACAAAUACCAAUAUAAACUUGGCAUCAAGUGAUUUCCAGACAGCCUCUCCCCUGGAGGAUAUCCCAGUUGAAAAAAAAGAAAUGACCAGCAGUAAUUCAUCUGGAAGUGAUAUAAAUGUGUAUUCAGAUGGACAUUUCACCACUGACCCUGGGUCAGGAGUGGACAGUGAGACUAGGUGUCAGCAUGCCCGUAUAGCUGUGCUGUUCUCUGGGGGGAUUGAUUCUAUAGUGAUUGCUGCACUGGCAGAUAGGCAUGUUCCAGAUGGGGAACCUAUUGAUUUGCUGAAUGUAGCAUUUGAGCAACAACAGAAUACAAAUGCCAAGAAAAAAGAACCCAAGAAUCUUCAACCUAAACAACCAAAAGAUUCCUUUGAAGUGCCAGACAGAAUAACAGGUAAAGAAGGACUGAAGGAGCUCAACCCUCAUAGACCCUGGAAUUUUAUAGAGGUAAAUGUCACGUUAGAAGAAUUACAAAGAGCAAGGAAUGAACAUGUAAGUGAACUGGUUUACCCCUCUCAGACUGUCCUAGAUGACAGUAUAGGGUGUGCCAUAUGGUUUGCUGCUAGAGGGAGAGGGAUUCUCAGAAUAACAGACACAGAAAUGGUGAACUACACUUCCACUGCCAGGGUAGUGCUUGUUGGAAUGGGUGCUGAUGAGCAACUUGCAGGAUACUCUAGACACAGAGUCAAGUUUAACACCAAUGGCUGGCAAGGAUUGGUUGAUGAAAUUGAUAUGGAAAUAAAGAGAAUUUCAUCAAGGAACCUUGGCCGUGAUGACAGAAUCAUUACAGACCAUGCUCGAGAAUCUAGACUUCCUUUCUUAGAUGAAGAUGUAGUUUUUUUCCUGAAUAGUUUGCCAAUGUGGAAAAAGUGUCUUCUUUCUCUUCCUCGAGGAGUCGGAGAAAAAUUUUUGCUCAGAGUAGCGGCAGCUAAACUUGGCUUAACUAAUGCUGCAUCACUGCCAAAGAGAGCCAUACAAUUUGGAUCACGCAUUGCAAAACUGGAAAGCAGAAAUGAGAAAGCAUCAGACACGUGUGAGAGACUGUCAUAAGCACCUGUAUAGUCUGUUUCACAUUCUUCAGUGACAACCCAGUGUAUUUUAUUGUGCUAUUUUAAAAGAUUAUGGCAUGUUAACCUUAUUUAUUAAAAUAAAUAAAAUAUAUUUUUAGUGAAAAUAAAUCAGUAUAUCAGUGGCAAGCAGUUAAAUGUUCUACAAGUUUUUAAAAGUUAAAACAAUAAAAAAAUUC